UGCACUAAUCCUCAUUGUCCAAAAGAGCUUAUGAGUGAGGUUUGCUUGUUUUGUGCUUUUUUGUCACUUGACUAAAUUAACUAAAAAAGUUAGAGCAGUUCUGCAGUCGCUGCCUUUGAGGUUGCAUUUAACCUGCGGAUGCAUGGGGAAAGGUUCGGCUGUAGUAACUGGAGCUGGGGCCUAUUGAAAGUGUUUAACAAGGCGGUUGAGCAGCGACGGAAAGAUGCCAUCGAAUCCAAAGACAGACCCUCGAUACUUUGUCCUUAUCAAGCCUUUGCCCAUCCCCACUCAAAAAGGGCAGAAAGUACAGGCUCGAAGCGGCCUUGUCUACAAUUGCUGGGAGCACACGAGAGAACAGGUUUUCCGGGAGAACUAUCAUCGGAGGAACAAACAACUCACACAACAAGGCUACUUUACCCCCAGCUGGAAACCUUAUCAAGAUUUUGGAGACCCUCUUUUCCUUGAACCAAAGAGACUCACCCUCCAUGGCCUGGGACAAUUGCCCCCGGAACUCCUCAGAGAUGAUAUCUGCUCUGCUCUGGAAGAGGUAGCGGAAUUUGAGGAGCCACUGAGUGCUAAGAGGAUUCCAGCAAAGGAGCCUGAGAGGAAACCUGUACAUUUUAGAUACAUAGAAAAGGAUCUGAGGAACCUCCAUAAAGACCUUGUACACACACGGCAUUUAAUAAAUGCUGUGAAGAUGGGCCGAGGGUAUUUCCACAUGCUUCACCGAGAAACGGGGGAGAGGAAGAACAUGCUCAUGUUGGAACAGCAGAAAGAAGAGCAGAGGCGGAAAACUGAAUUCCGGCCCCCAAAAUGUCCAUCAUCAUCAUCAUCUGAAGAAGACACAUCUGAUGACGAAAUAACUGAUUUCUUUUUAACAGAAUGUCCCCUUCUGAGGGAAUCAGAGAAGAAGAAGAAGAAGAAAAUUAUCCGACCUUUCACUCCUGUCCAUAAUGGUCUGACAGCACCGAAGCACCCAGAAGCACAUUUUGAGUCCCUGUUUCGGCAGCUCUGCGCUCUUCAUUGGUUUUUGGAAGCUAUGACUCUUGACUCCAAUUCCAGCAUGAAGCCUCUGAUCACCUGCUGGAAUCCAAAGGAUUAUGGUGGAAGCAGAAAUUCCUUCAAGGUGAUCAAUAAAGAAAAGAACGUGAAGGCUCGAUGGGAACACUUCCUCAUCCACACAAAGAGUCGAAGAUACACCCAGAAAUUUAGCCGUGGGUUUGGCCUCAGGAAGUUGCCCAAAAAGAGUUCCAUCGUGAGUGCGCUGUCUUCCAAGAUGAGUGGGGUGUCCUCCCUGCACAGCAAAACGACUUUGGGCAGCACAAGCUCCCUGACACCUGGCUCCGAAGAGGUGGUUCUGCAUUCUUCUGAGGGAGCCAAGGAAGGCGAAGAGAUGGAGUCCUUAUACAGCAGGCAAGCCAAGGAACCAAAGGAAGAGGAAGAACCUAUGAGUUACUAUCUGCAGACGUUACUUCAGAUGAUCCAUGAAGAUGUGGCAAGGAAUUUUAGUAAAGAAUAUUUGCUUUCGCACCCCAAACCACCCUUCAUGUUGAGAUCCGAGCCAGAGAGCGACUUAUCGAUUGGGCAACGGGCCAAAAGCUCGCAUUCGUCUUCAAAGGACGACAGGAACAGCUCAGGAGCAAUGAGAGAAGAAACCCCGGUGGAGCAAAGGCCAAAGAGUUCACUGGCAGUGAGGCUGAGAGAAGAUAAAACAACAACAACAACAUAUGAGGAAGACGGCUCGCAAAGCUCUUUCAUUAAGAGAAAAGAGAACUUGUGCAAUGAGAUGAGGGAGCUGUUUUAUGACGUGACCCAGGAAUCUGCUUUCAGGUUGCACGACCAGCUGGACAUCCUGGAGAGGAGACGAGAAGAGAAGAGCAUACAGAAAUAUCGGUGUUUGAAGCACCUUACAAAGCUCCGGAAAGACCUCGAGAGAAUGAGACAAGCGGUCCUGGAGCAUGAACCAAAACAGGCUGCAGAGGAGGAGAACUGGUUUGUUACCCUGCUGGACAAGAUCCCCAGUGAUGUCAUGGGAGACCAUCGGACCCAAAAAGUCCUGAAGAAGCUGGAAAAGUUUGCCAGGAAUCCGGACUUACGGAUCCGACCCCCCACCUUCCUGAAAGUCUUGGGGGAGCUUCGUGUUUGGGAACUCUGCUCUCCAGACAUCAGUGCAGCUAUACAGUUUUUGCGGGAAAAUAUUGUGGGGAUGUCUGAGGAAGAUUACAAACACUGGCUGCAGGGUAGAGUUCCAAUUCAGAAACGAGCACGCAGUGCCCCACCGCUUUGAUCGCAGAAGUCCAAGAGGUUGGCAUCGGUCUCAAGAGAUGACACACUUGCUGUUGAAGAGCUGCCGCAGAAGAGCAUAGGGCAGCCACCGAGACGGCACAAUCUGAAAAAUCAUUUGCCUGUUCCUGGGUUAUAAGGGGCAGCUUCUGCCAACGGGCUUGGAGUAUAGGAAGUGCUCAUUCUCGAAAGUUUAGAAUUGCAUUGAGCCUAUGCUAACUGCAAACUCAAAACCAGAGAGAAUUGAACAGCCAAAGCCCGUUUCAACUUUGUGAUGAAUUUUUAGAUACUAAGGUUUUGUUUAAUGUUAUCCUACAUUUAAUUUUUCAAGGUUUGGGGGAGGGAGUAAGAAGGGAGUAGUUCUGUGGAACCCUCUGACAGUUUGAGUCAGUGGCAGAUUUUUGUAUUUGUGUUGCAUGUUUUUUGAUUUAUUAAAAUUCUUUGAACAUACAA